AUGCUUCCUGAUCUUUCAAACUCGACACAUUGUCAUUUUCAUCGUGAUCUUAUCAUAUUCAAAAACUUUGAUUUAUUUCGUUCAAAUGAUCUUUUUGUCAUCUUUAUGAUCUUUUAUGUUGUCAUUGUCCCAUUACUUAUAUCAGGAACUUCUGAUAAUGUUGUUAAAGCUUUUUUGGUUUUACAAUGUUUGGCAUGGAGAAUAUUCCAUUCUUAUGGUUUAGGUUAUAUGUUACAUUUGCAAAGUAAAAGCAAGUUUUUAACAAAACAUUACGUUAAAUAUGGUGGAACUGCAGGUGAUGCCUUUUCUAAUUGGAAAAGACAUACAAUGGGUGUACUAUUGAUUGCAUUACAUAUAUGGACCUCUGUUUCUGUGUUUGAGGUUCUUGGGGAUUUUGGAUGGUUCUAUGGUGAUUUCUUUAUAGAUGAUUAUUCUACAACUUUAUAUUAUACCGGCAUCUAUAGAUUUGUUAACAAUCCAGAGAAAAUCAUGGGACAUGCUGCAUUCUGGGGCAUUACUUUUAUUGCAAACAGCUGGCUUAUUUUUGGCGUGGCGUUAUUUUCACAGAUUUCAAAUUUCAUAUUUUUGAAAUAUGUUGAGGGACCUCAUAUGAAAAAACUUUAUGGUGACAAAAUCAGGAAAGAGGCUGGAGUCACAAGGGCCGUUAAACGUCUAACGAUUAUUCCAAACAUUGUUAAAAGAGAACUGUCUAAAAUUCGUGAAACUACAGAGGUUCAAGUUGCUCAAAAAAUUAUCAAAGAACUUGCUGAAACUGUUGAAAAAAUGGUAGAGGAAGCUGGUGAUGCUCUAGGCGAACUUGUCGAUUCAACAAAACCCAAAUUUCAAGAAGUUGUUGAAGAAACUAAAACAAUGUUACAAAAUUCUCGUGAUAAAUUAAUAAGCCAAGCCGUUGGUCGAAUUCAAAAUCAUGACGUUUCAGGAUAUUCAAUAGUUCUUGUAGCUCCUGAGGACAUAAAUAUCACACCACCAAGUACACCAAUUUCUUCAGAUAACAAACCAGAACAAGAACAAUUUAAAACAGUGUCAAAACCAAUCAUAUUCACACUUGGUUCUCCGAUUAAUUUGAGGUGGACUGCACCCAAGAAUCAUUCAUGUAAAGAUUGGAUUGGUGUUUACAAAGUAACUUCUAAUUCUUCAAAGAAUGUCACUAGUGUCUCUAGCAAAGGUCGUUACAUGUAUGUUUUGCCUGAGGAUGAAGAUUUUGAUAAUAAUAAUAACGAUGAGGCAGCACCAACAUCAACAUCAACAUCCACUACACAAACAUUUACCACUACUGAUGCCACCAGUAAUGAUUUUAAUGCCUUUGGUGCAUUAUGGUUUAAGGGUGAUCAAUUGCCAUGGGAAGUUGGUACUUAUGAAUUUAGAUACCAUCGUGACAACGGACAUGUAGUUAUGGCCAUCUCACAGCCAUUUGAAAUCAAAGCACCAACACCAAAAUAUAUGUCGGAUCUUCCGUCUAUUGAACAAAUGGUGCUUACAUUAGUACAAAAAGCCCUUGACACAGAUCCAGAAUUGAUUCCAUACACCACACAAGAUGAUUAUGUCUUGAUGAAGGAAAUUCAUGCCAAACGCAUUGUAUAUGGAAUUAAGAUGAUCUUUGGUAUUGACUUUGCUUGGGAAAUUGUUGCUAUUGAUGGAAAUGUUGGAAGGCUUGCAAGAAGGAUACAUAAAGCACAUCUUGUUAUAUCUCCUAUUAAACAAUAUCAACGCCAAACAGGUGAUCACAUGAAUGUCAGAAACAGUACGAGUAAUGACAAUGAAAACAAUAAUAAAUCAACCAAUCUUCUUAAAAUAUAA